UAGAACCUGCUAAGAAGGACCCUUAUUCUGAACUCACACCAAUCUCUGAAUACACAGAAUCCAUACACACCUUUGCUUACUAUCAUCUUGCAACUGUUUCUUACAAAGAUGGUGAGAACCCCAUCUUCUAACAAAAGUGGACUGAGGAAGGGUCUUUGGUCUCCCGAGGAAGAUACCAAAUUAGUUGCCUAUAUUACUAGAUAUGGUCACAGGAAUUGGAGCCAACUUCCCAGGUUUGCAGGUCUGGCAAGAUGUGGGAAAAGUUGUAGAUUGAGAUGGAUGAAUUAUCUCAGGCCUAACGUCAAAAGAGGCAACUUCACUCCACAAGAAGAAGAUUGCAUCAUAAGAAUGCACAAAAAACUUGGUAACAAAUGGUCUGCUAUUGCGGCUGAGUUACCAAAUCAUUAAAGAAUAAGGAAUCCAUGGACUUGGUUCCCAACUGUAAUGGUGCUGCUGUUCCUUUUCCUGCUACUUCCCAGAUUACAAAUAGUUCAUCAGCCUUAUUCUCAUUCUCGUCACUGUCAUCCUCCAGUAAGGAGUUUUCCUCAGGGCCAUGUUUUCCUUAAUUAAGGUGAAUAACCAUUUGUUUUAGUCAUAAACUGUUUAGUGGACAAACAAUGUCAUUAUUUUUUAUCAUGAACUCAUAAAGUUUACAACUUGUUUAACUUUUUUAAUUGAGGUUGUUUAUGUUGAAAAUUUCACGUUCAUUCUAAAUAAGACUUUGUAGAGUUG